CACCUGAAGUUUUAAGAGGUCAAUCUUAUACUUUAGCUAAUGAUAUUUAUAGCUUUUCUAUGAUUAUGUGGGAAUUUAUAUAUGGAAUUCCUCCAUUUGAUAAUAAAACUCAUGAUUUUCUAUUAGCAUUACAUAUUUGUAAAUACAAACGUCCUAAAAUUAUUAAAAAUAUUUCACAAUGUUAUAUAAAUUUAAUGAAAAAAUGUUGGGAUAUGGAUUUCCUUAUCUCACAAUCUGAAUACUUUAACGAAAAUCUUACCGCUGUAAGGCCUGGUGAUCUUGUGAAGAUUAUCUUACCAUCACCCGAAACUUUUGAAUCGAUUCUUGAAUAUUUGUAUAUUGGAGAUGAUGACAAAUUGUAUGAUUAUAUAACUCCCGAUAAUUAUCAAGAUAUUUGUAACAACAUUGAUUUUCUCGGUUUGGGUAGUCAAAUAAUGAUGAUGUUAAGGUUUCUUACAGUAAAUGUAGCAUAUAUACGUGUGAUCAUUCUUUCUGAAGCAUGCGUAAACAGAUUCACAAUCGAUGACAGAUAUACUCCUGGAACUAGACAUGCAGUUAAUGUCGCUCUCAAGUCUGACCCUUCCAUUUUUUGUACUGGCACACCUUGCACAGUUACUGCUGAUGGUGGUGCUCCGGUUCAACAAGUCCCACGACAAAAAAGAGCCUUCCUAUCGAUCAUCACCUACAAUAAAUAA